UCUAAGAAGAGUGAACGCACAAUCUUUCUUCUUCUUCUUCUUCUUCCCCCUCUUAGAAGAGAAGAGAGAAGAGAAUGGCGUCGAGGACAUCAAGGACUGUAUUCCGCGUAGCAAUGGUGGCUAUCUUGCUUCUCUUUCUCUUCUACAUCGGUCGCCCUUUGUACUGGAAAAUCUCCGCUACCGUCCACGACAUUCGCAACAAUAAGCAAACCGUUAGAGAAGGUCUCUCACAGAUCGUAAUCGAAGCUCAGAAAUCGGUCGGUUGGUAUCACGACGAGUCUGACUCAGGGAUCCGUGCUGCUAAGAGCCGUAAGCUCCUCCGUCGCAUUUUCUCCACUGUCGCUGGUUAGGAUUCGUGUGCGUUUUUUUAAAUAAAUUAUGAAUUCACGAUUCGGUUGUGUGCUUAUUAUACAUGUAAUUAAUUGUCUAUAGUGACAAUAAUUAGUUAGGUUAAUCUUAUUCAAGCAUGUGGUGCUAGGGUUUCAGACUUUCAACGGAAACAUAAUAAAUUAAUAAUUAGUGAUUUUCUUAUGUAGUUAUUAAUGCUGCCGUAUAGAACAAAUCACAUGAUUUUGUUGCCUGUGAAUGUGAAUGAUUUUCUUCUUA